AUGUUACGUGCUGUAGCUUCACUAGAUUAUUUGAAACUUCAAGCCUUCGGCACUGCACUGUUCGAGGUGUUGAACAUCACAAGUACAAUUGCUGUUACGAGCAAUCCUUACUUGGACUCUUUGGCUUAUGCUAUCGGAGAACCUAUGUUUCCUAGCUAUGUGCCAGGUCUUAUGAGCACCACCGGUGACAGAAUGAGCUUCACGCAAAGGCUGCAAAACAUUGUCGCUUUAAUAAUUGGCAGAGCAGUAGCGAAUUACAUGAAUGAUAACGAGAUGGCAAUGUUGAGGCAUAAGUACGGUACUUUCAAGACCCAUACUGAACUAAUCGCCCAGACGUCAUACGUUUUCACCAAUGGGAACCCUUAUCUAGAUUUCCCACGUCCUACAUUGCAUAAAACUGUGAUGGUCGGUGGAUUUGCUGUGAGCAGGAAGUUGAAGAAGAGCCACGCGUUAUCUGAGGAAUGGACAUCAUUCCUGAACGCCUAUCGCCAUACUAUAUUAGUAUCGUUUGGAUCGGUUGCAAAGUCCGCCGAAAUGCCGGAGAACUUCAAAAAGACGCUCAUCAGUGUCUUCGCUUCUAUGCCAGAUGUGGGCUUCAUUUGGAAGUACGAAGAAGUGAACUCUACAAUUGUCAAUCUCUCUAAUGUUUUUCUUAGCGCUUGGGUGCCACAAAUCCCACUUUUAGAAAGCGAACGUUUGUCCGCCUUUCUCACCCACGGAGGAAUGGGUAGUUGCAAUGAAGUAGCUUACAUGGGCAAACCGAUAAUAGUGGUUAAUCCAGUUCACCAAUUUGUAGAAAGCGAACGUUUGUCCGCCUUUCUCACCCACGGAGGAAUGGGUAGUUGCAACGAAGUAGCUUACAUGGGCAAACCGAUAAUAGUGAUUCCGAUAUUUGGCGACCAAAUGCGAAAUGCUCACAUGAUGGCUCGCCACGGUGGAGCAAUCGUUCUAGACAAAUCGGAUUUGGGCGAUGCUUUGAAACUAAAGAAUGCAUUCAAAGAAAUCAUCAAAAAUCCACGUUAUGCCGAGAACGCUUUCCGACUUUCCCAAAUGCUUCGUAACCAGCCGAUUCCACCAGACGAAUUGCUGCUGAAACAUGCAGAGUUCGCUGCUAAGUUCGGACGUCUAUCGAAUCUCGAUUCUUAUGGAAGGCAUCUUUCUGUGAUACAGUACUUUUUGAUUGAUCUAGUAGCAGUCGUAUUUACCAUAAUGGCAUUGAUCCUACUAAUGUUUUCAGUGUUAAUACGAAAAUGCUGCUGUGCUCGUUCUUCAAAGAUAAAGUCGGAAUAA